UAGAGGGAGGAGGGAGGAGGAGGCCCAGCACAGCCCGGCCGCAGCUGCCCCAGGCUCCAGCUCCAGCCUCUGCCCCCGCAGCCCGCCGCCUGCCCAGCAUGGACGUGAAGGCUCUGGCGCUGGUGACUUUGAUCCUGGCGGCUGUCUCCGUCUCCGACGAGAAACCUGUCAGCCUGACUUACCGAUGUCCCUGUCGAUUCUACGAGAGCAACGUGGCCAGAGCCAACAUUAAGCACCUCAAAAUCCUGAGCACACCCAACUGUUCGCUUCAGAUUGUUGCAAGGCUGAAGAACACUGGCAAGCAAGUGUGCGUUGAUCCCAAGUUAAAGUGGAUUCAGGAAUAUCUGGAGAAAGCUUUAAACAAGAGGUUCAAGAUGUAAGAGGCAAGCAUUGUAAGCCGUCUGCAGGAUUUCUUACUGUAGGACCAGAGAACAGAUAACCAGUAUUAGGGAACGAAUACAUUUCACUGUUAUCAUGCAGCACAAAGGCAAGGCUCCAUGCAUUUCCAAAGGCGCUUUUUUUGCACAAAUUGGCUUGCUUUCCCAGUACUAUUUUAUGUAGUAAGAUAUGUUUGUUUUUAAGAAAAAACUUUUUAUACAGUUUGGUUUAUCAUAAAGCACUGGUGGCAAAUAUGAAUUUAAACUAACCCUACAUGACUGUUUCUGUCUUUGAUAAUAGAGGCCCUGCACUAAUUAGCAGUCACUUCUGGUUCAUGCCGACUUCCAGGAGAUUUUACCUAGCAGGUCAUGAGGUGUGAAGUGCACUUAGAUUAUAUAAAUAUACUGCAGGAAUCAGUGCCACAAGAAGUUAUUUCAGCCAAGAACACAGGAAGAUUCUUAAGUGGACUGGACAUGUGUAUGAAAAGCAUCCAGGCUUAUAUUGAUAACCACCAUUUUGGAAGGUGUUUUAAGCCUUAUGUUUAAACUUCUGCACUACAGUCUUUCUCUAAUGUUAGAGAUCAGGAUGAACCCCACGUGGCAGUAGAUUUGCUCUUUUCUGUGACUGCAGAGUCUUACAACCUUCUACUGAAGUGGCUGAUGCCGAUCCCUGCUAGAGACAGGACACAAGUCUGAUCUAAUCUGACUGUUCCUAUGUUCCCAAUGACUUAACAUAAAAAGAAAUGGGCUUUCCUGUUUCCAUAUGCCAAACUGUUUUCCAGGCCUACAUUAGAGAAAAGGGUACAGGAGAGGAACAUUAUUUUGCCUAUAUUUGCACAGCAGAGAUCGGUAUCUUCUGAGUGCACAUUCAGUCAAGCAUUCACUGUUCACAGGUGGGGAGAUGCCUGUUUGCUGAUGGUAUGAUCUAGUAUCUAGAGCCAUGGUUCCCAAACUGUGAGUCAUGACUCCAAAUGGGAUCACAACAUCAGCAGAUGGGAUCGCAGGGGUAGGGGACUGUGAGUUGGGAGUGAGGGGUCAUGCCGAGGAAAUGGGGCCAUAAAUGGGGUCAUGCUGAAGAAAAGUUUGGAAACGCUGAUCUAGAGCUUCAUUUGCACAAGGGCAUCACCCAGGGCAGAGAAACACCACCUCUUGAAACCCUUACAAAGCCUGUUAUUUCUUCCCUGAUUUGCACCUCCAUAACCAUUUACAAAAGUGCAUAAAAUGUAAAGCGUAAGGAAAUAGCAUCUCAGAGGCCCUGCAAUCUUUUGAUUACACUGUACAUUGAGGAAUGGGGAAAGCACGUCUUGUGAAUGCAGCGUUUAGCAAAAUACUUGUAUGUGUGCGUGCUGUAAAAAAUGUCCAGUGUUGCAUCUAUGUAUUGGGGCAGAUUUCUUCAGAAGGAAUGUAUUAUACAUGCAGCCUGUAUUCUGUGCAAGGGCAAGAGUUGUUUUGCUCUGCAGUCCUCUGUUGCAAGUAACUUCAGUGCCAAAGAGAGAGUCUGUCCAACUCCAAACUGCUUUAUUUUCUACUUUAGUCAAUAGGCCCAGUUAAGUAUUUUUCUUCCUACAAAAAGAUGUUGCUUCUGUUAUGGCCAUGUCAUCCCAUUGGAUUUUAAGCAGAAAUUAAUUAGAAGCUCUGCCCAAAAAUUGAGAACAUGAUUAUCACUUCUGCUCCACUCCUUUUUGUCUUGCGCACCAUUAAAUAACAUGAUCCUGUUAUUUGUGGAAAGGCAGGAAGAACUCAUGGGACCAAGAUAUCCAUUAAAUAACUCAUUUUCUGUGUUGCUUAUUUUAUCUCAGGUCCAGAUGCUUUCUUUGUACAAGCAUCUGUAAUUGUCAUUGACUUGCCUGGAAAUGAAUGCAACAGUUUCAGAGGCAGGAAUUACUCUGGGGAGUGUGUAUAGGAAUGCCUGUUUUGGCACACAAUUUUAAUCUGUCUUGCUCACAAGCUGGAAAGUGGACUCCUCACA